UUAUUACCUGCAUAGCUCGCGCUUGGAGCAAUGAACGGGACGCCACCCCCACCGCCUUUGGACCGGGAGGAGCACGGCCUGAGGUUAGGAGAGAGCUUCGAGAAGAAGCCGCGCUCCUCCUUCCACACUGUGCGCUAUGAUUUCAAGCCGGCAUCCAUCGACACAUCUUGUGAAGGAGAACUGCAAGUUGGAAAAGGAGACGAAGUUACCAUUACUUUGCCACAUAUCCCAGGUUCUACUCCUCCUAUGACGGUAUUCAAAGGAAACAAACGACCGUACCAGAAGGACUGCGUGCUGAUCAUCAACCAUGACACAGGGGAAUAUGUCCUGGAGAAGCUCAGCAGCAGUAUACAAGUCAAGAAAACAAGGGCUGAGGGCAGCAGCAAGAUUCAAGCCCGGAUAGAGCAGCAAUCAGCCCGAUCCUCACAGCCAUCUACACAGUUUAAAACCCCAUCAAAACCUUCUGCAGGUCCUAAAACUUCACCCCUGAAGGAUCACCCUUCUCCCGAACCUCAGCUAGAUGACAUUAAAAGGGAACUGAGGGCGGAGGUGGAGAUUAUUGAGCAAAUGAGCAGCAGCAGUGGCAGCAGCUCCUCUGAAUCUGGAAGCUCCUCGGGGAGUGAUGAUGACAGCUCUAGCAGCGGUGGAGAAGAUGACACUCGCACAUCACCCUCUCAGCAGUACAGCAACAGAACGCCCACCGCCAAUGGCACCAACAGACCCCAGGGAAGCAACCAGCUGAUGAACACGCUACGAAAUGACCUACAGCUAAGUGAAUCGGGAAGCGACAGCGAUGACUAAGGAGAGAUUUCCUUCUUGUAUAUAUUUUAUUUCAUUGUGUACAUAGAAGCACUGAUGCACCCAAAUACUCGCACUGCAAUAGUACAAUAUACUGCAAUAGUAGAGUCCUGUCUUAUUCAGACUUAUGUAGACACACAUGAAUACACCUGGACAUGUAAAUCCUCCAUGCAUUAGAUAUGUGGGAAUGCUAGCAUAUCAUAACUUGCUACCAUGACAGUAGGAACUUGCUGCACCCAAAUGUUGGCAUUCUCCAUCUCUCACUUCGUAAACUAUAUAAAAAGGGAAAACUCGUAUGAAAUACUUUUUUAUGUAUGUUAAAAUUGUGCCAGCUCCAUGUAUGUAUAUACGUAUUGACAAGGUGUAAACCAUUUUUAAAUAUAUUAUGAUUUUUAAU